AGUAUCGCGCUGAGUCUAUUCCUCGCCACGGCUGAGAUUACAAUCAUCAGUACCUCACUAGUUACCAUCAGCCGUCGCCUGGAUGGCUUCGAUCAAAGCACCUGGAUCAUCACCUCCUACCUGCUGGCGUUCGCGGGCUUCCUCACCGUCUGGGCCAAAUGCAGUCACUUUAUUGGGCUUAAGAUAACAAUUCUAAUUUCACUGGCCAUCUUCGUGGCAUUCUCAGGCGGCUGCGCUGCUGCCCAGACUAUGAGGGUCUUUACCUCGUGCCUUUUCGGUCUGAUAUGCCUCCUGCCCCCUGCCAAGUAUGACAUCGCCAGUGCAGCGGGGUCAGGUGUGCUGACGCUGGCGCUGAUCCUGGGCGCAUUAAUUGGAGGUGGCAUCAGCACAUCCGGCGCCUGGCGUUGGAUCUUCCUGUUCAAUGUUCCGGCUGGGAUAGUGGCAUGGGCAACCAUCUGGAUCCUGGUUCCCAAAGACUUUGAGAGUUCCCGAAGGGCCGGCGACCAGAUUCAUGGGCUCUGGAACUUCCUGACCAAAGCAGACACCGUUGGCUGCCUGCUGCUGCUCUCCUUCUCCGUCUUCUUCGUGGCCGCCUUCGAGGAAGCGAACAUCCGGUACGCGUGGUCGUCAGCCGCGAUCAUCGCGAUGCUGACGAUCUCGGGCGUGUUGCUGGUUGGGUUUAUCACCUGGGAGUGGUCCGUGGCCAAUCGCAAGUAUUGGGGAUUCGAGCCGAUUCUCCCUUGGAGCAUCCUACGUAACCGAGUGUUGCUGGGAGCCAUCCUAGGCUGCUUUUUAACAGGACCUGCGGUCACAAUCCUGUACAUCGAACUCCCGCAGCGCUUCCAGACCGUCAAUCAGAGCACCGCGAUCGGUGCCGGGGUGAAGGUCCUCACGUUCGGGCUGGGCUCGCCCGUCGGCGCGGGGAUUUGCAGUCUCCUGGCCGGGCGCCUGCGCACGCCGUUCGUGUAUCUGACGGCGGCAGGGUCCGUGCUGCAGAUCGUGGGGGCCUUCCUCCUCUCCUCGGUUCCACCCACCUUGCAUAUCUGGCCGGGCCAGUACGGAUACAUGGUGAUCGCGGGUCUGGGGACAGGAAUUUCCAUCGCGGCGCUGUUCAUGUGUGUUCCGGUGGUGGUGACUACGGAUCAAGCAACUGCCAUGGGCCUGACGCUCCAAGCGCGCAUGAUCGGGGCCUCCCUCGGCGUGGCCAUCGUCAACAGCAUCUUGAUCGAUUACGUCAAGGGUCAUCUUCCGGCAACCGAGGCAGCAGCAGCGGAUCCGAACUUGCUCUCCGGGUUUCCGACGGCGACCCAGGAGGAGAUUCGCAAGGUCUACGCGGUGGGGUACAAUCGACAGAUGUACGCGGUUGGGGCGUUUGGAGCGGCGCAAUUGAUUGCUGUUGCCUUGAUGUGGAAGAGGGAGCAAGUCCGGUUUGUCAAGUGA